CGCUACGUAGUUCGGAAAUGGCAAAUGACAGAGGGUGAGGAAGACGAGGCGAAAGUUUUGGAGGCCAGUUAGUAGGCUAGUUGUUAUUGGAAAUCUGAUGCUUGUGAGCAACAACAGUGGUGUAUCGUGUUUUGUUUAAUUUUCACUUUUAAUAAUUCCGCGUUGCUGUCAAAGUCAGCGUUGACCUCUCUUGUGAGACGAGAAGUCGUGUUUAAACGGCGGCGGGUCGGUUGAAGCCGAGAUAAAUAACAAGAGAAGUUUGUUCGAGGGACGUAGCGAUAAAUUCGCAGCGACUAGCCGGAGAGAAGAAACUAUGACCAGCAGAGAAGACGAAUAUGACUAUCUUUUUAAAGUGGUGCUGAUUGGAGACUCGGGUGUAGGGAAAAGUAACCUGCUGUCCCGCUUCACCCGGAAUGAAUUCAAUCUGGAGAGUAAAAGCACCAUUGGGGUGGAGUUUGCCACCCGUAGCAUCCAGGUAGAAGGCAAGACCAUCAAGGCUCAGAUCUGGGACACAGCUGGGCAGGAGCGUUACAGAGCCAUCACCUCCGCGUACUACCGUGGGGCAGUUGGAGCUCUUCUGGUGUAUGACAUUGCCAAGCACCUGACAUAUGAAAAUGCUGAGCGUUGGCUAAAGGAGCUGCAGGACCAUGCCGACAGCAACAUUGUCAUCAUGCUGGUGGGCAACAAAAGUGAUCUACGCCACCUAAGGGCGGUGCCCACAGACGAGGCCAAGGCCUUUGCAGAGAAGCAUGGCUUGUCUUUCCUGGAGACAUCAGCGUUAGACUCAUCCAAUGUGGAGCUGGCUUUCCAGACUAUACUCACAGCCAUCUACAACAUUGUGUCACAGAGGCAGAUGUCAGGACGCAGUGACUCGGACUUCUCGCCCGGCUCCAAUGUAGUACCCAUCACGGUCCAGCCCACCCAGAACUCAGCCAAGCAGGGUCUCUGCUGCCAGAACAACUGAGACCUUGCCAUCGACCUCCACCUUCCUUCACCUCCAGGCAAUGGAGAAACAGCCAGAUAGAAAGACAGAGACAGACAGAUGGACAGGGGAGACGGGGAGACAGGUAGCGAGAAUCAUUUCACAUGAGGAUACUUGUGCUGAGGUUGAUUUGGUCCAUUGUUUAAGAAAAAUGUAUUCAAAGAGGGGAAACAUGGGAGAAGUUUAGAUAAACAGACAGGGAAAGGGGGCAGGAUUAGUACAGAUGGAAUGAAGGCAGCAGGUGACUAUCAACUUUGCUUCCUUAACAUGUAUAUUGUAUUCUUUCCACUGAGACGGUUGCCCGUAUCCAGUCCACUAUGCUUUGCAGUUCCGCUUGGAGCUUGAUCAACUUUUAAAUGUGAAAGAGGCACAUGAGCAGAAUUGGAUACACAACAAAAUGAGAAAUCAAGCACAUUGUAAGGUUCCCUUGUAUCUUGUCUCAUUUUCUGUCAUUGUGAACUACCCUCUCAUUGAAAGCUCUAUUUAACAAGCCUGCAAAAGCUGGCUCUCAUAUCUCCCCUACUAGGACAAUGGGCAAUAAAAUCUGCAUUGAAGAGACCUGGCAUCUCUGAACUGUAACCCCUCUGUCUCCAUAGUCAUUCCCAUCAUCCCAAAAUGUAUUUAGAAUUUAUGUGGCUUUAUAAUAUUUAUUGAACACUAGAUUAAGGUCUCAUUUGGCCAAAGGAUUUGCGUAUUAACAUUGGGUGGUUUCGAUUUUCCACACUGAUUACUUCCCAGUGAAGGGAGUUCUCUUGCUUUCUGCUUUUGCACAUAAUCAAAUCCUCUUUAUGAAGGAGCUGUUAAGGUCAACUACCCCACACUAAUGGAGGAACAAGGAGGUACAACCAUCCUCCAAAAUGCACCUGCUGGAAUUUGGUUGAAAUUGAUUGGUUCAAGUAGUGUUCCACAGGGCAUCUCAAAGCAAUAACCUCCGUCCCUAAUCUUGAUGUAUGUAAUUUCUCUUUUGAUUGCUUUUGAUCUGUGCUUGGAAGACAUUCCUGGUCUGUGCACACUUUGUAUUCUACAGAUAAGCCGUGUUCUUGCAAGCUUUUCAGGGUGUUGUAUAAACUCUAGAUAGGAUGGGAUAACCGCAUUGUUGAUAUUUCGUUGUUGUUGGAUGGGAUAACUGCCUCACAAUUGGAUGGGAUAACCGCAUUGGCACUGCUGAUGACCGUUUUACCCCUGAACCUUUGGGUAGAGGGGGAAGAGAUGAGGGAAUUGGCGUAAAUGCAUGGACAACCCUGUGCUGCUGCCUGCGUGCUAGCUAGGAUGGAUGGAUAAUGUUUCAGGGGAUGGGGUAGUGAGGGCACUCAGCCCUGCCCUGCUCCCGUGGUCUCUGAUGUACCCAAGAUGGCUUGUUUUACUGUAAGUGAAAUCCUCCACUGCCUGCCCGCCUACUCCCCUCUCUCUCUACAGCGUAUGUAACUGGAACAGGACUAUGCCUUCUGGGAUCUCCCUGAGGAGUGUCCCCACUCUCACUUGUCUUUAUUUCCUGGAGGGUGGGGGGUGGGGGAGCGGUGGGAACAGGAAUGCUUUGGUUGGUAUCUAAUAGUCUGGUAGAUGAGGAGAAGGAGAGGGAUUGAUAGUGUUAAGGGCAGCAUGAUUAAAGCCAACAGGCAUGCACACAAAUGAUUAUUAUCCUGCUGAGGUGUUUCCACAUCAACACGGAAUUCUGUUGACUUCACUGGUCCUCAACUGGGUGGUGUAGGUUAGGGGUUUUUAAAUGUUUAUUGUAAUAUCUGUAUAUUUUGACUGCGUAUAUAUAUGAAUAAAUCUCAUUUGUUAAUAGCCGGCUCUUCUUA